GUGAAGGAGCGUCGGUUUAAACCGGGGGCCGGGAGUGUGUUCAGUUUGAAUCAGGCAGACGGUAGCUCCAGCCACUAACACCCCGAUACACAGCGUGUCCCGCAGUAAUCGGUCCGUUUGCACUCAUGGCUUCCCAGAACAUGGAUCCCGCAGCGGCUGCAGCUUCUUCCACAGCCGCUCUGAAGGGCAGCGAAAGCGGCGGAAGCGCGGCCAGAAGCUCGGUGUACAAACGGCUGCAACAGGAGCUCAUGACUCUGAUGAUGUCAGGUGAUAAGGGGAUCUCAGCCUUUCCAGAAUCAGAUAAUCUCUUCAAAUGGAUUGGAACCAUCGACGGAGCUCAGGGGACGGUGUAUGAGGGUCUCAGGUACCGGCUAUCUCUGGACUUUCCUGCCGGUUAUCCAUAUCAGGCUCCUCGCGUGAAGUUCGUCACUCUGUGUUUUCAUCCCAACGUGGACGAGCAGGGAUUCAUCUGUCUCGACAUCCUGAAGGACAAGUGGUCGGCGCUCUAUGACGUCCGCUCCAUCCUGCUGUCCAUCCAGAGCCUGCUGGGAGAGCCAAACAAUGAGAGUCCUCUGAACACGGCUGCAGCUGAACUCUGGGAGGAUCAGGAAGCCUUUAAAGCUCAUCUACACUCGACCUUCCAGAAGUGAAGCAGCUCCACGUUUCAUUCUUCUUCUGUCUGUCUGUCUUCUGUGUUUGUACAAUAUUUUUAUGUUUGUUCACCUCGCUGUAUCAAUAAAGUUCUUAAUUCAACACAAA